AUGGAUGAGGACCUGGUUUUGGCACUACAGCUUCAGGAGGAGUGGAACUUGCAGGUCUCGGAGCGCGAACCGGCCCAGGAGCCCCUGUCGCUGGUCGACGCGUCCUGGGAGUUGGUGGACCCCACCCCUGACAUACAGGCCCUGUUUGUUCUGUUCAACGACCGUUUCUUCUGGGGCCAACUGGAGGCGGUCGAGGUGAAGUGGAGCAUGCGGAUGACGCUGUGUGCUGGGAUAUGCAGCUAUGAAGGGAGGGGUGGAAUGUGUUCCAUUCGUCUCAGUGAACCCCUUUUAAAGCUAAGACCAAGAAAAGAUCUUGUGGAGACCCUCUUGCAUGAAAUGAUACAUGCCUAUUUAUUUGUCACUAAUAAUGAUAAAGAUCGGGAAGGGCAUGGUCCAGAGUUUUGUAAGCAUAUGCAUCGCAUCAAUCGCCUGACAGGAGCCAACAUAACGGUGUACCAUACUUUCCAUGACGAGGUGGACGAGUACCGUCGGCACUGGUGGCGCUGCAAUGGGCCGUGCCAGAACAGUAAGCCGUAUUAUGGCUACGUGAAGCGCGCCACUAACAGGGCACCCUCCGCCCAUGACUACUGGUGGGCUGAACACCAGAGAACCUGUGGAGGCACUUACAUCAAAAUCAAGGAGCCAGAGAACUACUCAAAAAAGGGCAAAGGAAAGACAAAACUGGGAAAGCAGCCAGUAUCAGAAGCAGAGAAUAAAGACAAACUGAACAGAGGGGAGAAACAGCUGUUAAUCCCCUUUAGCGGGAAAGGUUAUGUCCUAGGGGAAACCAGCAAUUGUUCAUCUGGGAAAUGUAUCACUUCACAUGCUAUUAAUGAAACCCAAGAGCCUUUAAGUCAAGACCAUUCAGCAAAUGCCCUGAGACCUCAUUCUAAAACUGAGGUGAAAUUUGAACAGAAUGGUCCAAGUAAAAAGACUUCUGUAGCAUCCCCCAUUCUCAGUACCAGUCAUCAAAAUGUCUUAAGCAACUACUUCCCUAAAACGUCCAUUGCCAACAACAAGUCUUUCAGAAGUGUGAAUGGGUCUCCAAAGAAAAGCCUCACAGUGGGCAACAGCACUAAAAAGUCAGUCUUUUCCAGUUCUCAAAGGAGGAUUACAUCUUCUAGGAUAUCUCUAAGGGACUCCUUAAAAGCCAUGGAAUCGACAUCUGUCACUGUGCCCCAGGAUGCAGGUGGGCCUGAAGGUAAACUCCCAAGUAAACGACCCAGGCUAGAAAAGACUUUUUUUGACAACUUUUUUGUCAAGAAAGAGCAAACCCAGAGUGGUGGUAGUGAUCUGAAGAGUAGUUUACAUCCUCCAGCUGCAGCUCAGAGUCCCAGCAGUUCAUCUAGUCAGAGCAGAGUGGUUCACUGUCCUGUGUGUCAGGAUGAAGUUUCAGAGGCUCAGAUUAACGAGCACUUGGACUGGUGCCUUGAACGUGAUAGCACCCAAGUCAAAAGCUGA